GUCGAAUUUUAUAUCAUAAUAUUGUUUCAGAAAAAUGAUUCAACGAACAGUCCUCGUGUUGUUGGCUAUUUUUGCCUGCGGAUUCAGUUUACCAAAUCCUCGGAUACUGGGAAAUGAAUAUUUGUAUAAAGAAUUCAACCUAAUCACCCGAGAGGCCUGGAGCGGCAGGCCUGCUAGACAGCCGACGCGGAUGGUGACGCCUGUAGACCUGGUGGUCAUCCAUCACAGCUACCAGCCCCGUGCGUGUUUCAACAUCAGAGACUGCUCAGCAGCUAUGCGGUCUAUGCAAGACGUCCAUCAGAUUACCAACGGCUGGAGCGAUAUUGGAUAUAAUUUCGCGGUAGGCAGCGAUGGUAACGCCUACGAAGGUCGGGGCUGGGACCAAGUUGGCGCUCACGCGGUUGGCGUGAACAGUCGCAGCAUCGGCAUCGUUCUCAUCGGGGACUGGGUUUCCGUCGUCCCACCUGCAAUACAAAUGGCAACAACAAGAAAACUCAUCGCUUUUGGCGUAAAACUCGGCUACAUCAGCCCAGACUACAGGAUAGUUGGCCAUAGACAAGUCAAGCCCACAGAAUGUCCAGGAGAAGCACUUUUCCAGGAGAUAUCGACGUGGGAUCGCUUCUCGACUGUUGUAUAUGUAGGUGUUCAAAAACCCUACCCCCUGUACACACGAGAAGAAUGGGGUGCAGUUCCCGCCACCGACGUCCAGCCAUUGAAGACCCCCGUCCCUUAUGUGAUCAUACACCAUACAUACAUACCUGAAGCUUGCAACACCACCCAACAAUGUAAAACCGCCAUGAAGUCUAUGCAGAACUACCACAAUAGUCUAGACUGGGGCGAUAUUGGAUACCACUUCUGCGUAGGCAGCGAGGGUGGAGCUUACGAAGGCCGAGGCUGGCACAACCGCGGCAUUCACGCCGGUCCAGCCAACGGCCUCAGCGUUGGUAUCUGUCUUAUUGGAGAUUGGAGAGUGGAACAGCCGCCGCAAGAGAUGCUCGACACAACGCAGUCUCUCAUCAGCGAGGGGGUCCUCAACGGAGCCAUCAGCCCCUCAUACAAGCUGCAAGGUCACAGCCAGGUCAUGGCGACCGAAUGCCCCGGGACCGCUUUACUGAACAUCAUAUCCACUUGGGACCAUUUCACUGAAGAAAAAUUUGAUAUUAAUAAACAAUAGUAUUAA